AAAACAACCCGUAGCGAACUAAUCUGCCGGACAGGAGCGCAAACAGGGAGACCUUUCGCUAGGCAACUGAGUCUCACUCACUGGCAUUUAGCGCAGGAAGUUCUUGUUUGUUCCACAGGGACUAACGCGCUGGAGAGGGAUGUUAAACCUCAAUUAAUCUUAAACAGAAACUGUGAAUGAUUUAAAAAAGGAACUUACCGGGUGCUUUUUCAUUCUCAAGUUGUUCUCAGGGCGAGGAAUGAUGGGAGUUAACUUUAAAAACAUGGUGUAGAAUGACCCACUCUCAUGGCUUAUGUGUGACCGAGAAGAAUCUCCAUUAAAGCAAUCUUGCAUUUAUUCAGUUACAUGGGACGGGAACAUGGUACAGCGUAACAGGACUUGCCUACUAUGAACGAAACAUUAUAUGCUUGGACAAAGGUACAAGGUGGAAAACCUCUAAUGACAAUGCUGAAAUAGAGGACUGAUCGAUGUAUUGUGAUUCAGAAAGGAGGAACUACUGAGCAGAAACCAACAGUGACAGGAUUUGUGGUCUAGGAUCCCUGUGUUAAAUGCGCGUUGUGAUAAGUCGGGCUCUCUCUCUUACUCUCUCCUCUCUCUUUCUCUCUCUGGAGACAGAGGUCCUACCAGCUGUGUCAGCAGCAGAGCCGUCUCCUUUAAUAAAACCCAAAAGAUCUCCCAGAUCAUUACAUCAGAUGUGUGCUAUUUUUGGGUGGGCUCCAGGAUCACCUUCUCAGAAUAGAUAGAUGAAAAUAUUCUAUGCAAAUGAGAUGCCUCUGUUUCAGGGAUGUGGUCAUUAAACAGCCUUGUUUAGCUUUCCUGUCAUCUCCUGUUAAUAAGUCUCCCAUAACUGCUGUAUGGUCGCUAUUAAACUGGAUAUGGUGAAGAGAAAUAUGUAGACCUGAUUUUAAUAAUUUAGUUGUGGUAUCGGCCAAUGUUGGGGAAGAUUAAGAUGAACGCCUUUGCACGGAGGCUGCGGCGCACAGCUCCCUCUAGUGGAGACUGCCAUAACGAGCUGGUGACGCCACCGGCACACUCCCGCGUUAACGGGUGGUCCCUGCCGCUCCACAGCUUCCAGCUCAUUGGAUGGCUGGUCUACAGCUACAUGGCUGUGGUUGCAUUCGGGAUCUAUAUCCCCCUCUUGCCUCCACCAUGGGCGUCCGCUGUUUACGCUGUGGUCGGCAUCACCUUUCUUUUUCACCUUGUGGCACAUCUGCUGGCGGUGUCCAUCGACCCGGCUGACCCCAGCGUCCGCGCCAGGAAGAACUACUCCCUGCCCAUGCCUGUGCUGGACCGGAAGAAGCACCCUCACGUCAUCCAGAACCUGCACUGUCACCUGUGUGAGGUCGACGUAGGCUCUCGAGUCAAACACUGCAGUAACUGCAACAAGUGCAUAGCGGAUUUUGACCACCAUUGCAAGUGGCUGAACAACUGCGUGGGUGGGAAGAAUUACUGGUGUUUCUUCGUGACUGUGGCUUCGGCGGCUCUGGGGCUCCUGGUGCUUCUUCUGCUCGUCCUCUUCAUCUUCAUCGAGGCCAUGGCUAACCCUGCACUCCUUCGCACGUCUCCCCACUUUGACAGCAUCCGUGAGAACGGAACGUGGUUGGUCUUCCUGCCGCUGGUGCCCCUGGAGACGAGCCAAGCAGGGCUCUUGGUCCUGGCGUUUGCCACGUUUUUGCUGGCUUUGGUCUCCUUCCUGCUCCUGGGUCACCUUCUUGGCUUCCACAUCUACCUGCUGACUAGGAACAUGAGCACCUAUGACUACGUCGUGAAGCAACGUCACACUAACGCUCCCCGGGAGAAGUUGGAAACAGCUGCUCAGUCCGCAUCCUCCAAGUCGGUCUCUGUACAGCAUUUGCCCCAUGUGGAAACAACCAUUGACUGUGAUGCACCUUUGCCUGGCAAGACCAGUGCCUUAAGGUAUCAAGAUAAAGGGCAGAUUGCCGGUCCACUCUCUGCAGCGUUCUGUACGGAGAUGGAUGGUCUUCGACAAAAUCCUGGCAAUGCAGUGACGUCUUUUCCUCAUUUGCCCAAAUCACACUCGCAGAGGUUACCAGGAGGAGUUAACGCGGACGACGCUGUUUUUUGGAGGCAAGGCAAAGACGAGUGGAUGGCAGCCCAAGGUUUCCCCAGAAGGGUGUCGGGGGAGGGGGCACCUGUUGCCCAGAACCCUUUGGGAAGCUCCGUUAUGAAGCCCAUGGUGGAUCACCAGCAGCAGCAAAUGACUUUACCCCCACAGGAACUGCCCUAGCGUUGCCGCUGUGCUCGUCGUCCCAUAAGGGCUGCCCGUUAUGUACGCCAUAUCAAACGACUGCGCAGCCACAGAUGCCCGUUAUUUACGCUAUAUCAAAUGACUGCGCAGCCACAGAUGCCCGUUAUUUACGCUAUAUCAAGCGACUGCGCAGCCACAGCUGCCCGUUGUGUACGCGAUAUUAAACGACUGCGCAGCCACGGCCUGGAACGCAACUCGCUGAGCGAUCCUGGAGUCAGGCUCCGUCGGCAAUGGGACUGAUAGAUUUAGUGUUCUCUGUUCUGCGUUGAAUGUAGAUAUGGAGGGGAUAUUGUAUGUUGCAAAAACAAAUGAAUAUUUUGAGAACAAAUGUUGCUUUUUUUAUUGCUGCAUUUUACUCAUUUUAUUGUUAAUAAGUGACAAUUUUGUCAGUUUGUUAUUCCCUGUUUGUUAGGAGACUAGUAGGCUAUUUUUCCUCUUUUUCUUGUCUUGAAUAAAAUUUUAUUUAAUAUA